AUGGAGCGCCGCGUCGCCCGCGAGUUCCGGCACAAGGUCAAUCUAUUAAUUGACAAUGAAGCAGAGAAGGAUUACCUUUAUGAUGUGCUGCGGAUGUACCACCAGUCUAUGAAUCUCCCAGUGCUUGUGGGGGACCUAAAACUCGUGAUUAAUGAACCAAGCAGGUUGCCUCUGUUCGAUGCUAUCCGCCCACUCAUCCCAUUAAAACACCAGGUGGAAUAUGAUCAGCUUACACCCAAACGAUCGCGAAAGCUAAAAGAGGUGAGAUUGGACCGAUUGAAUGCUGAAGGGCUUGGAUUAAGUGUAAGAGGUGGAGUGGAAUUCAGCUGUGGCCUCUUCAUCUCCCAGUUAGUUAAAGGAGGACAGGCAGACAAUGCUGGACUUCAGGUUGGGGAUGAGAUAGUGCGCAUAAAUGGAUAUUCCAUUUCGUCAUGCACACACGAAGAAGUCAUAAACCUCAUUCGUACAAAGAAAAUCGUGUCCAUAAAAGUUAGACAUAUUGGCAUGAUACCUGUUAAAAGUUCACCAGAUGAACCCCUUAAAUGGCAAUAUGUGGAUCAGUUUGUGUCAGAGUCUGGGGGCAGUGUUGCUGGACUUGCUUCUUCUGGAGGGAGAGACAAUAAAGAGAAGAAAGUCUUCAUUAGCUUGAUUGGUACAAAAGGCAUGGGAUGCAGUAUUUCCAGUGGUCCAACACAAAAACCGGGUAUUUUUAUCAGCAAUGUUAAGCCAGGUUCUCUUUCAGCAGAGGUGGGCUUAGAGGUUGGUGAUCAGAUUGUUGAGGUGAAUGGAGUGGACUUUUCUAAUGUGGAUCAUAAAGAGGCUGUCAGAGUGCUCAAGAGCAGCCGUACUUUGACUAUCUCUGUGGUAGCAGGUGCUGGCAAGGAGCUGUUCAUGACUGAAGAAGAAAGGCAAAGAGAAGCACGUCUCCGUGAGCAGGAACGCCAAGAACUAAUGCAUCAGAAGCGGCUUGCACUGGAGACCAACAAAAUCAUCAAAGAGCAGCAAGAGAAAGAGAGAUUAAGAAAGCUGGAGAUUUCCCAGAAGGCUGCAGAGGAAGAAGAGAGAUAUCGCAGAGAAAUAGAGCAGAUAACAGCAGAGGAAGAGAAAUUUAAAAAGGAGUGGGAAGAAGAGUGGGGUCCUAAAGAACCACCCAAGUCUCUAAAAACUGUAACUGCAGAAGUGCAUUCUGCCCCUCGUUCCAAACACAAAACUUUUGGAUGGUUUUAUCGGUAUGAAGGAAAAUUUCCCACAAUCCGUAAGAAAGGGAAAGAACGAAAGAAGUCAAAAAGUGAUAGUUUUUGUGAACAGAAGAAAAAUAAAAAGGAAAUGGAGUUUGAGCAAAAACUUGCCAAAGAGAAAGAAGGAAUGCUGGAGAAAGAAAAACAAUUGAAAAUAAAUCGUCUUGUGCAAGAGGUAUCUGAGACAGAACGAGAAGACCUGGAAGAAUCAGAAAAGGUGCAGCACUGGGUGGAAAGACUUUGUCAAACACGGUUAGAACAGAUCUCCUCUGUGGAGAAUGAGUCUCCUGAGCUGGCGAGUGGACGUCCUUCUGCCUCUCCCUCUACCACCUCGAUGCGGUGCUUUGCGGGGGGCCUGCAGCUGCACACCACAGAUCUCGAUGACAUAAACUUAGAUGAAGUUGACAAACCCAAACAGCGUGUGCCGCCACCUCCGCCACCGCCCCCCACUGUUACCCCAGCACCACCAGCUCAUCCACCUACUGCCUCAAGUGCUCCACGAGGUCCAGUCCUUUUGCAACUUGCUCCAAGUCCACCUACCCAGCGUCAUCCAGGGGUACCAAUAGUCUCUAAACCAGUUAUGCUGCAUCCUGACCCAAACUUCAUGGUCAGGCCAACAAUCAAAUCAGAGGCCCUGCCACAAGAGAUGUUUAAAAGGAUGGUGGUUUACAAUUCAUCAUUUAGAUCUAACAAAAAACAAGGCUUCCAGAAGUAUGUGGAAGAUUUUGAUCCAUAUUCAAUGUUUACCCCAGACCAGAUUAUGGGAAAAGAUGUAAGGCUAUUACGAAUAAAAAAGGAAGGAUCACUGGACCUUGCAGUCGAGGGAGGAAUUGAUUCUCCAAUUGGAAAGAUAGUUGUGUCUGCCAUCUAUGAGGAUGGUGCUGCAGACAAACAUGGAGGCAUAGUGAAAGGGGAUGAAAUACUGGCUGUAAAUGGCAAGAUAUUAAUUGACAGCAAGCUGGCAGAAGCACAGGCAACUCUAGCAAAAGCUUGGAACAUGGGUGGGGAUUGGAUUGACUUAGUCAUUGCAGCAUCACCUCCAAAAGAAUAUGAUGAUGAAAUCCCUAGCAUUCCCUCAUCAGCAGUCAGUCCCAACACACACAGAAAGGUUUUUGAAGGCAGUGCACCUGUGUACAGACAAGGGUAUCUCCUGCAGCUGUAG